GCUCAUGGUCGCGAAUCAGUCUUGAUUCGAUUGUUGACUGGGGUGGAGAUCAUCCAAUAGGAGGACUGUGAAAUCAUUUCCGCUUUCGAAUAGCAACAUCAUGGAUUAAAAGUACGGAUUUCGAGGAACAACAUACUUAAUUGUCAGCUGUGACAUUGAACCUGCCAAUUAUUUCAUCUAGAUCCGGUAGUGGUGAUGGACUAAUUGCUCAAGAUCAAACAGUGAGGACAGUGCUUGAUUCUUUCGUUCCAAUUUAUGUCGCGAAUUGGAACGCUCGUAGUGUGGAAGCCUAUGUUUGGAUUAAAAUCCCUGAUAAGAACGGUGACGGGAAGAAAGAUCUGAAAAGUGAAGAAAGAGACAGGAGACGAACAUCGGAAGCAACAUGGAAGUUAGCAAUAGCACCGGAUUUCUGCUGCAGACCAUGCUGUAUAUGGCCAACCAUCAAUGGAACAAUAGCCUGUACAAUGCCAUUCACAACAUCAGGGAACCGACUAGCAACAACAUUACACUAACUUCUGAGGACACUCGCUGCUACGGCGUCUACGGAUGUUUCCCACUGACCUACCCGUGGGUGGACGAAAAGCGCCCUCUAGCAUACCACCCGCGUUCUCCUGCCCAGAUCGACGUUCGGUUUCCGGUAUUCAACAUCCCCGUGCGGGAGCAUCCCAAAUUCAUCGACAUCAACGACCCGGAUGGUGUCCGGCAGCUGGGGAUCAACCCCAAUGGGUGGUUGUACUUCAUCACCCACGGGUAUAUCGAGUCCGGUGAUCGUCCUUGGGUAAAAGGAUUUGUUGACACGUUUUUGGCCAACGAUCCAACAGCUACGGUGAUCGUCAUCGAUUGGAGGAAGGGAUCAGUUCCACCUUACACCCAAUGCGUGGCCGACAUACGUCUGGUCGGUGCCAUUACGGCUCACGUAAUUCACCUGCUGUACAUGGAGUUGGGAAUGCGUAAUGUUGACAAGGUUCAUCUGUUGGGUCACUCGCUGGGGUCACACGUUUGUGGUUAUGUGGGGUACUUUAUGCAGCGCGAUUUCGGUAUGCAGCUGGGUAGAAUCACCGGAAUGGAUCCGGCCGAACCAAUGUUCUCCGAUACGGAUCCGAUAGUUCGGCUGGAUCCAUCGGAUGCGAAGUUCGUGGACAUCAUUCAUACCGAUGCGACGCCUUGGGUAGAACGCUGGCCACGACCGGGAGGCCUUGGGAUGUAUCAAGCGAUUGGGCACGUAGAUUUCUACCCCAACGGGGGAAGCAAUCAGGCCGGGUGUGAUGACGAUAUGCAGAAGUUCAUAGACAAACAGAACAGUUCGUUCUUUUGGGGAUUCCAGGAGUUUUUUGGCUGUAACCAUCUGCGCUGCCAUCAGCUGUACACCGAUUCUAUUGCUCAGAGAUGUCCCUGGGUGGCGAUAGGUUGCGAAUCCUAUGAAGAUUUUCUGGCAGGGAAAUGCUUCGAUUGCGACGUUGAUGGCCAUUACUGUAUAGACUUCGGACCGAAUGCUCGCAACAGCUACCGAAGGUUGAUCGAAAACGGUGUGAUGGUUCAUCCGAGGCCAAUUCGAGCCUACAUGAUUACCGGAGAUGAUUCUCCCUUUUGUCGAACUCACUUCAAGGUAACUCUAGUCCUGUCGGAUAGCGACGAAAGUUUGGUGCACGGUGGCGAGGUGGGUAAAAUGGCGAUCGAAAUGUUUGGGUGGCAGCGAGAGCGUUCCGGACAGAUGGAACUCACCAAGGAACCGAUAUACUUCGAACCCGGACAAAAUUAUUCGGCCGUUAUGGCGGGUAAAGAUGUAGGCCUCCCAAAACGAGCUUUCCUGUCCUGGGAGUACAAAACGAACCCGUUGAAUCCACUCACGUGGCGGCUUUUGGCAGCACCACGGGUCUAUGUGGCCUACAUGGUGGUGCAAACGUUGGAGCAUCGAUCGCGCCAGAAGUUGUGUCCCUCGGCGGGGCUGCCGGUGCAGGCUGAUCGGGAUAACGAGUUUAGGCCCGAGUACUGUUCCGAUUGGAACCCGAGACAGUACGAGAACAGAGGGUACACGGUGAAGAAGAAUAUCACGGAAUAUGGUGUGGUGUAUCUUUGAAAUAUAGGAUUUAGUUAAAGUGUUGAAA